AUGGAACAGCUCUACGCCAAAAUUGCGGAGGAUACGGUCAAGUUCAAUCUUGGAGACGAGGAGACUUGGCGACAGCUAUUUGAGCCUUUUCAAAGCGACGAACAGCCACAAGACGUGGAAAUUGUCAGAGACCAAAGAUAUGGACCAGCGGAGCGAAACCUCCUAGAUGUCUAUGUCCCUGCGGACAAUUCGACAACUGGGAAGCCGGUCCUACUCUUCAUGCAUGGCGGCGGCUUCUUUUCUGGCGACAAGGGGUGGAGCGACAAGUACUGGGCCAAUAUCGGGAAUUGGUUUGCGCAACAUGGCAUCGUCGUGGUAGUUGCUACCCAUCAGCUCGUUUUCUACGAUAAGAAUGAGGCCAGCGACAAAGAGGUCCCGUCAUCUGUGCAGUACCCAGCGGGGGCUGAUGACAUUCAGCUCAUUCGAGAAUGGAUCUAUAACAACAUAGCGGCCAAAAAGUUCGGAGCUGGUUCCACUGACAAAGUUGUCCUGUUUGGGCAUUCGUCUGGGGGUGCGCACAUCGCCAUGAACUUGUAUGCCGCGGGAGAUCCUCAGAGGGCCUCGUCGAAAGAGGUGUUCCCUCCCGUUGCCGGCGUCAUAUACCUGAGCGUGCCGUUUUGGUAUGACCGGUUGAGACCAAUACGGCAAAAGAUCCUGCAGCGGUACUAUGGUUCCGAUGCUGAAGACGUUUGGGGUCCUCGAUCUGCACUUGGACUAUUUAAAAAUCUUCCCGACGAGUCGCCAAUGCUGGACUCGUCCCGAAUUCCGGUCUACAUUGGAACUGUCAAGUGGGAGGUACAAGAAGCCUGUGAUGGUGCCAUCGCGUUCUUCAACGCAUACCGCGCUCGGAGCCGACCCUCUGGGACUCUUCCGAUCUUCCACGUUUUGGAUAAACACAACCAUCUGAGGUAG